CAAAACAAUAUGGCGGAAUUCUUGUGCAUGAUGUUCAAUUUUUGAAAAAUUAAAAUGCGUUGAAGUCUGAAAAUAAUCGGUCGUAAGGAUAUUUAGGACAAUUUAAUAAAUGGAUAAUACCAUGGACUUGAAACCAGAAAAUUUAGGAAAAGCUUAUCCUAGAGUUUCUUGGCCGCCAAGGGUUCCGUUUCAUCAUUCUCCUUACCGACAGCAUGAAAGAAAUACCAAUGGUAGAAAGAGAUCUAUCUAUAGAAAAACUAUUGACUAUAAUGCGGCUAUGAUACUUUACCUGGAGAAUCGGAUCUGGCAAAGAGAUCGCCGCGAUAUUCGUCUUACCCAACCUGAUAAACUUUAUUCACAAAAUCUUACCCCUUGUAUGGAUAUGCUUAAUAAACCAAUGAAUGCAGUUUGCACAAAGUUCAUAAGGCAAUCGACAAAUAAGAGUAAAUGUCCUAUUUUCCGAGUAGUAUGGACACCAGAAGGACGAAGAUUGAUAACUGGUGGUUCUAGUGGAGAGUUUACCUUAUGGAAUGGAUUAACGUUCAACUUUGAAACAAUUCUGCAGGCUCAUGAUUCAGCUGUGCGAGCUAUGAUCUGGAGUCAUAAUGAUCAAUGGAUGGUAACGGCAGAUCACAACGGAUUUAUAAAGUAUUGGCAAAGCAAUAUGAAUAAUAUAAAAGUUUAUCAGGCACAUAAAGAAUCUGUCCGUGGAUUAUCAUUUUGCCCAUCUGAUUCUAAAUUUGCUACUGCUUCUGAUGACGGUACUGUAAGAAUUUAUGACUUUACGAGAUGUUAUGAAGAGAGAAUACUGAGAGGUCAUGGUGCUGAUGUUAAGUGCGUCGACUGGCAUCCUCAAAAGUGUUUAUUAGCCUCUGGAUCAAAAGAUGCCCAACAGCCAAUAAAACUUUGGGAUCCAAGGAAUGGAAGCUCUUUGGCAACAUUACACGCUCAUAAGAAUACAGUCAUGCAAUUGCAAUGGAAUAAUAACGGAAAUUGGCUGUUAACAGCAUCUAAAGAUCAUUUAUUGAAAUUGUAUGAUCUACGAAACAUGAAACAAGAGUUACAAAUUUUCAAAGGGCAUAAAAAAGAAGCAACAGCCUGUUCUUGGAAUCCCAUUCAUGAGAAUCUAUUUGUUAGUGCUGGAUCUGAUGGAUCUAUAUUUUAUUGGGUUGUUGGACAAGAGAGAGAAGUAGGAUCAAUUGCUGAAGCCCAUGAAGGAAUGAUAUGGACUCUUUCAUGGCAUCCUUUGGGUCAUAUUCUCGCUUCAGGGUCUAAUGAUCAUUCUACGAAAUUUUGGUCUAGAAAUCGGCCAGGAGACUUAAUGAGAGACAAAUAUAAUUUAAAUACUUUACCUGUCGGGGUAUCAGAAGAUGCUGAUGAUAUGGAUAAUCUACAAGGUCAAAUUGUACCAGGAUUAGGGCUUGAUCAAAUAACAGUUGAACAAAUAAAUCAAGGUUCUAACGAAGAAGAGUUGGAUAUGAAAGAGCAUGAAGUUCAAACUGGUAUUAGUAUUCCUGGUUUGGACAUUGAUGAUCGAUCCUCUGAGCAGUCAGAGGCGGCUAAUACCAACCAAUCUCAAAAACGAAAGCAACCGUAUGUUAAACCCAUACCUAAAGACUUUCAGCGUUCUUGGAUGGAUAGUGGUCCUGUUAGGAAUCAAAUGGGCCCUCCUCCAUCUCAUAUGGAACCACCACCACCUUGGGCUAUAGAAAACGCUCCAUACGGUGGAAUGCCACCUCCAAAUAACUAUAAUGAUCACAUGGGGCCUAAGCCAGCACUUUUACCUAGACCAGAUAUGCACAGUGGCCCUGGAGAAUGGAUGGGUGACUGGAGAGACGGACCUCCUCCAGGACCGCCACAUCAAGGACCACCUCCAGGCCCUAACAUGAUGAUGGGAAAUUGGCCUAGAGAUGUCGACGAGGAGCGAAUGAUGAUGGAUGAGCGCAUGAGAGAUGAAAGGAUACAUCAGGAUGAUCGAAUGAGAAUGGACGAUAGAAUGCCAGACGAUCGAAUGAGAGACGAUAUGGAUAGAAGAGAUGGUAAAAAUUUUUCAAAUUAUCACGAUCAGUCAUUUCCAAUGGAUCAAAAUCCAAGAAGAAGGGGAGGUAGAGGAGGUUCACGAGGAAAUAGAAGACCACUCUCAAGAGGUAGAGGUAACUCAAAAAGAGGAAGAAACCGAUAGACUGUUAAGAAAGUGUAUUUUUGUUCAUAUAAUUUUAAAAUUUAUAUGUCAAACCAUGGAUUUAAGUUAAAGUUUUUAAAAUAAUUCUAAGAAAAAAAACCAAUAUAUUUUAAUUUUUUAUUUGAUUGUUAUUUUAAAAAAGAAAAGUUUAACGAAAAGCUCAAAAAUAUGCACUAACAAAUUAGCUAAUUUACUAACUAAUAUUUGUUUAUUUCAUCCUGAUCGAGUCAAAAACUGUGCAAAUAUAUAUUACAUAAUUAAAUCAAGAACUCUAGUCUGAUUGAAAGGAUUGCGAGAACAAUGUUAAAUUCUGACGUCACACUACACUCCAAGUACGUUAAUAAUAGAUACAGAAAUAGAUUCAAGUAGUCAUCUAACAUAUUGGAAGGGCU